UGUACUCAGGUCAAGUGCGCGCAAAUAUGUCAAAAAGUAUCAGUCAACUAUUGGCUCACAGAUGCUUACUCGCCAAUCAGUACAGAUCGUGUCGCUUAACUGUCAACGCGUAUUACGGGCGCUAAGUAAAAAAUAAAAAGUAAAAGUGCAGCAGCGAUAAAAUGACGUGCUGUUCAAUUAAAGUCUGUCGGAAUUAUAAAGGAAGGUUAAAAAGUCCCAAAGACAUCACUUACCAUCGAAUUCCAAAUGAUCCUAUUAUUAAACAUCGGUGGAUAGACCGAAUUAGAAAAAGCCGCGAAGAUGAGACGUGGACACCAAGAAAAAGUGCCGUAGUGUGUUCCGAUCACUUCCGCAGCAAGGACAUGGGUACUGUCGACAAGAAAGGGCGCCGAAGACUUUCAAAAGAAGCAGUGCCAAGCAAGAAAUUAUUUUUAUCGUCAGUUCAGUCCAGUGAAAGUGAGAAUUCUGAUGAUAUCGAGAAUGACAAUGAGAAUCCUGAGACAGGAAAGAAAUCUAAUGCUAAUGAGGCUGAACCUUCCAGUGAACACAGUGAUGUGGGCUUCAGUUUUGUGUUGGUCGAAGACCAAGUACCUUACAAUGAUCAAUACGACGCAAUAAUCAAAGACGAAAUAGUCGAGGUGCAAAUUAAAACUGAUAUCAAUGAUAUGGACCAAGUACCUAACAAUGAUCAAUCCGACGCAAUAAUCAAUGACAAAAUAGACGAGGUGCAAAAUAAAACUCGAUCAGAUGAUGAGAAAUCAUUUUCAGAUAUUGAUUCUGUUUUCGAUACUCCAGAGGAACAUAAGUUAAGGCGUCAUUUACGGCGGAAAAUAGCGCUGGAAAAGAAGCAUAUUCUAAAAAUUAAAAGUCUAAGGCAAAAAAACGAACGGCUAGAAAAGAAGCUUGCAUCCUAUAAGAAAAUUAUUGAAACACUAAAAAGAGAGCGGAAUACAAAAACUGAAUAGCUUAAGAAGCAACGUAUUUUCUGCAGAUUUGUACGCGAACUUGUAAUUAGAGUUAUUGACUUAUUUAAAAAGGUAACAACUAAAUAAAGAUACUAAAACCGAA